AUGUUGAAUGCGGCAGAAGGCAUCCUCCUUUGUGUUGUCACUAGUGAAGCAGUGUUGGGAGUUUUAGGGGACACAUUUAUUGCACUUGUUAACUGCAUGGACUAUGCCAAGAACAAGAAGCUGUCUAAGAUUGGUUUCAUUCUCAUUGGAUUGGCGAUUUCCAGAGUUGGUGUCACAUGGACAAUAAUAUUACAGGGGUAUAUACAAGUGUUUGUUCCAUACAUGCUUACCUCUGGAAACAUAACUGACUAUAUUUCCUACAUAUGGCUAAUUCUCAAUCACUUAAGUGUCUGGUUUGCCACCAACCUCAACAUCUUCUACUUUCUAAAGAUAGCAAAUUUUUCCAACUCUGUAUUUCUCUGGCUGAAAAGGAGAAUCAGUGCAGUUUUUAUCUUUCUCUCAGGAUGCUUACUUACCUCAUGGUUACUAUGUUUCCCACAAAUGACAAAGAUACUUCACGAUAGUAAAAUGUUCCAGGAAAACAUAUCUUGGGUCCACCAGCAGAAAAAUUACUUCCUCAUUAAUCAAAGUUUAAUCAAUCUGGGAGUCCUUUUAUUCAUUAUCGUAUCCCUGAUUACCUGCUUCCUGUUGAUUGUUUUCCUCUGGAGACAUAUCAGGCAAAUGCACUCAGAUGUUUCAGGAUUCAGAGACCUCAACACAGUUCAUGUGAAGGCUAUGAAAUAUCUAAUGUCUUUUAUGAUCCUCUUUAUCCUGCAUUUCGUAGGCCUUUCCAUAGAAGUGCUAUGCUUUAUUCUGCCACAAAACAAACUGCUCUUUAUAACUGGUUUGAUAGCCACAUGCCUCUAUCCCUGUGGUCACUCAAUCAUCUUAAUUCUAGGAACCAAAAAGUUGAAGCAAGCUUCUUUGAAGGUGCUGCAGCAUCUAAAAUGCUGUAAGACAAAAGGAAAUCUCAGAGUCUUUGCAAAUAAAUAG